GGAUACCAGAUGUGACGUCAUUGUUUAGUUCGGUGCUGCGAGUUGUGUGUUUCUGCGUCAGACGAUAGGGCACCUGCUGGCUACUGCCAGAAAUGGAAGUUGACUACAAUCCAAUGGACGUACCUAUUAACAUAAUUUACGACCAAGAUAGUGAAUUCAGAGAUUUGGAAGGGGCUGAUGUGAAGGACAUGAGGCUUGAAGCUGAAGCAGUUGUUAACGAUGUUUUGUUUGCUGUUGGAAACAUGUUUGUUUCCAAGAACUUACCUUGCGCUGUGGAUGUGGCCUAUAUCAAUGUGGAGAUAAAAGAAGGGACCAGAUUCUGUCUUGAACUAACCGAUGCUGGACUAAGGGUUGUUGGUUAUGCCUAUGACCAUAUAGAUGAAGAGACCCACAGCCAGUACCAUGAGACAAUUUACUCUUUGCUUGAUUCCCUCAGUCCUGCAUACCGAGAAGCAUUUGGAAAUGCACUGAUGCGACGACUUGAAGCAUUGAAAAGUGAUGGCCAGUCUGACUCUUGAUUACCAAGUCAUGCCACCGUCUGGGUUCAAAACAGCCCUUAUUGUUUUAUAUAUUUUCUUUGUGUCAUCUCCUGGCACAGGCUUCUUUGAAACAUUCCAGAGCGGCAAAUUUCUGCUUCAGAAAUUAAAAAAAAAAAAAAAACUAAUUGCAAUGCAAAUUGCCUUUAUUCUAGAAAAUCUUGAAUUACAUUUUAAAUCACCCAACAUGUUGCAGAAACCCAAAUAUAUCAUCCAUUGGAUCAUUGAAUCAAAUAAUGAUUUGCUUCUCUUUUAAUUGGUUAUUAAGUUCACAUCUUCAGGUAUUUUUGUUUUUGAGAAGCACUGUUUGAGUACUUGAUAUACUGUAGCAUUCCUUAAACCGCUCUUAGAGGGGAAAGUCAGUCCACAUAUAAAUUGGGAAGGCAUAUUCACUAUAUAAUGAAUUGUAGUAAAUUAAAAUAGGAAUUUCAAAUUGUAUGCCAACAUAUUUGAAUUGGGAUUAUUUCUCACUUUUCGUGUUGCAAUACCCUUGGUAAUUCACCACAAUUUGUUAGUCAAUAAAACCCAUAAGAGUGCUCACCAACCUAUUUUUUUUUUCCCCAUAAAUUCAUCAAUGAAAUCUUAAUGGCACCAUCCUUGUUGCACGGAACAAAAUUAUGUUCUGAAAGCUAAUAUGCAGAGGCAUGUACUAUAUGGUUUUAACCCUCAAAAGAACUAUACAGUUUAAUAAAAUAACCAACCUCCAUCAAAAUUGUUAUAUGCUUGGUUUAAAACAAAAAAAAACAACAAAAGUAGCUUUUUGGUUGCUAACAAAGUAUAUUGUGUAUUUGGCUUUGCAGCAUUUAAUGUGGACUAACUACAGUAUAGCAAUCUGUAUUGGUGAACAUGUUAACGCAUUUCGUAUUUACUGCUUUCUAGACUUAAAAGAAUACUAUAGGGUCAGGAACACAAACAUGUAUUCCUGACCCUAUAGUUCAAAAUCCACCAUUUAGGUGGAUUCCCCCCCACCCUUAGCCCCCUUAAAAGUCAAUAAAACUCACCUUAUUUCCUUGCCCUGCCCUCUUGGUGACUUCAUCAGAAUUAGCCAAUCCAAUGCUUUCCCAUCGGCAAGGGGUCAGGGCCGAACACUGUUUUGGCCAAUCGGCAUCUCUAUGAAGAAAAUUCAGCGUCCCCAUGCAGAGCGUGAAGACGCUGAAUGGCACUGCUGCUUACUGUGCAGCACUGAGCCAUGAAGCCCCUCUAGUGGCCAUUUGUGGAGUGGCCAAUUGGAGGUGUCCCUAGGGGCAAUGUAAACCCUGCCUUUUCUGUGAAACGGCAUUGUUUGCAUGAAAAU